AUGCUCGUCGCCUAUUUUGCAUUCGUGAAGAACCGGCGUGUGACCACGAUCUCAGUCUCCGAAGCCGUCGAUGUCGAAGAACAAAAGCGCUUUCAAUGCAUCUGGAUCUGUUUAACACCUUUUGUAGAAUGGGAUUUCCUGCUGCCUGCGGAUUGGUGUCGCGUGCUGGCCCACGCCAGAACCACCCAUUCCUUUGAUCAAGCGGAUGUGCAUAAGAUCAUCUGCCAGCACCUCCAGAGCGCAUUCAGACUUUCUCUCGACCAAAGUGACGACGUGGCUGCUUCGGCCCACGAUUUGAUUCUAGAAUAUGGUCAAGGCGGCCUGCCCUGUGCGCGCGAGCUGAUUGCAGAAGCCGUGCUCAGUCGGAUGCGACACAUCAUGUCGACCAAAGACAAUUUUGGGGUGGGCUGGCAACAGAUGUUGUACUGCAUGCAACAUCUCGAGUCUGUCGUUCGAUCGCUGACCAAGCCUCAGCGGCAGGAAUGGGUAUCCUUGCUGGUCACAGGCCUGCAUCGUCUUGAGUGUCGCAUUCAAUCAUUCAAAAAGCCCCGUGCAGCUUCAGCUACGGAGUAUUUCAAAGAAAGCCAGAAGUGGGUGAUCGAGGACCUGAUGCUCCUCUGGUGUGUUGAUGACGAUCCCGGCCAGACUUAUGAAGAAGUGAAGCCGCAGUUGCGUGCCUGGCAGGGAUCCAGUACCUUGAAGGACGUGCGAAACAGCUUGGUGUUCCUCCUCAGGUGCUGA